AAGAAGAUGACGCACCCGAAUAUAUUUUGUUGGAAUCCGCAGAUGGGAAUGGAUUCUUCUUCGUGCCUUCGUGUUUCGGCCCUCCCUCGCCCCUGCCUCUGACCCCUCCUCUGUAUCUCUCUCUCUCUCUCUCUCUCUCCCUCCCUCCUUACCUCCGCCGCCAGCUAGGGUUUUCCUACGAGAUCGCCGCCUCGAGAGCCAUGCCAACUUUUACUGCAAUAGCUUUGGAUAGGCUAUUGGAACCCAGAACAUCCAGAUCCGCCGACAAAUCUGUUAAUAACCCCAUGCCUGUUCCUAAGUCGAAGCCUCCUAUGCCUGAGCCAGUGCCUAAUGCAAAGUUAGAGAGGAGGAGAAGUACCUCAGUCAUGGAGAGGAAAGUUCAGCGGCCUCAAAUGACUCCGGCACUUUAUGCCACUCCAGAGACUACCCCUGUUCCAGAUUCGCCGUCCUCAUUCCCUCCAUCCCCCUACGUCAUCAAUCACAAGAGACGUGGCCCACGUCUUGUGAAGAGCUUAUCGGAGGAUGAUGUUCCCUCUAGAAAGAAGAGCAUGGAUGAAGCAAACACCAAUUCUACCGUAACUGAAGCAAAAAGUGAGGAGGUUGCUUCUGUGGGGGAUGCCCCUGUUACAUUUACGAUAUUUAAUCCUGUUGAAGAUGAACAUGUGAGCGGUAUGGACGUUUGUGAGGUCGGAAGCAGUGUCAGACCUUCGACUAAUGCUUUGGAAGUUGGGACUAGCAAUUUGAAUAAUGGCUUUGUGGAAGAAACUGAUACACUUGUUCCUGUUCCAUUGACUCCUGAAAGAGAGGUCGAUAGUGAAGAUUUUUAUGAUCCUCAGGAAUCAAUGAGUUAUACUAGUAACACCGAUGGAGAGGAUAAUGGCACUGCAGAACGUUCUGUGAAGUUCUCCACGCCAAUGGGAGAGUUCUUUGAUGCAUGGGAAGAACUAUCCUCUGAGGGUGGGGCGCAAUCUUGUCUGCGUAAUCUUGAAGAGGAACUGCGAGAGAUCAGAUUGAGUUUGUUAAUGGAGAUUGAGAAGCGGAAGCAAGCAGAGGAAACCCUGAGCAAUAUGCAAAGCAAUUGGCAGAGGAUACAGGAACAGCUAUCACUGGCUGGUCUUACCCUACCAGCAAAUCUGACUUUGGAGUCUGACCAAUUAAAUGUGGAGGCCGCAGAACAGCUGAAUCAGCAAGUUCAACUUGCUCGUUUUGUUGCUGAAGCAAUUGGGAGGGGCAUGGCCAAGGCCGAAGUAGAGACGGAAAUGGAAGCUCACCUUGAGGCUAAGAACUUUGAGAUUGCACGAUUGUGGGAUCGACUGCACUAUUAUGAGGCUGUGAAUCAUGAGAUGUCUCAGAGGAACCAAGAAGCUAUUGAGACUGCUAGACGACUGAGGCAGCAGAGGAAGAGGAGGCAGAGAUGGGUGUGGGGUUCAAUAGCUGUUGCCUUAUCGCUCAGUGCUUCGGCAUUAGCAUGGUCAUACCUCCAGACAGGUGACGGAUCGCGCGGCGACCAUAAUCAGGCGAGUGGAAGCACCAAUGAUGCCGAGUGAGGCAUUCUUCCUCCAGAGUCUACUAAGAUGGGCUCUGCCAUUAGAGGAGGAGAAUAAGAAAGGGCCAGUGCUGCUUUAUUAAAAUUUUCAUGUUCUCCUUGUAAGAGUGUGCAAGGGGCGCUGCGCAAUGUUAGGUCCGACAAAAUAAUACACCAAGCUGCGAUGUUGCAGCUAAUCCAGAGGUUGAUAUACCGAGUUUGUAUAUUUGUUGGAAAUGCAUUGAUUGUUUUGCUUUA